AAUCGACUGGCAGUGGCCAAGGCACUUUAGUCAGUGAGUAGUGUUCCAAAGCGUACACAUUUGCCUUAUUAUUUGAUUAUUUCUUCUUGCUCGUGGUUUUAAAACACAAAACACAAACAAAAUGUGUGACGAUGAGGUUGCUGCUUUGGUCGUUGAUAAUGGCUCCGGCAUGUGCAAGGCCGGUUUCGCCGGUGAUGAUGCGCCCCGUGCCGUCUUCCCCUCAAUUGUAGGUCGCCCACGUCAUCAAGGUGUGAUGGUUGGUAUGGGACAAAAGGACUCAUACGUCGGUGAUGAAGCUCAAUCCAAGAGAGGUAUCUUGACCCUCAAGUACCCCAUUGAGCACGGUAUCAUCACCAACUGGGAUGAUAUGGAAAAGAUCUGGCAUCACACUUUCUACAAUGAAUUGCGUGUCGCCCCAGAGGAGCACCCAGUCUUGUUGACUGAAGCCCCAUUGAACCCAAAGGCUAACCGUGAGAAGAUGACCCAAAUCAUGUUUGAAACCUUCAACUCCCCAGCCAUGUAUGUCGCCAUCCAGGCUGUCCUCUCCCUGUACGCUUCCGGUCGUACCACCGGUAUCGUCUUGGAUUCUGGUGAUGGUGUCUCCCACACCGUACCAAUCUACGAAGGUUAUGCCUUGCCCCAUGCCAUCCUCCGUUUGGACUUGGCUGGUCGCGAUUUGACCGACUACUUGAUGAAGAUCUUGACUGAACGUGGUUACUCUUUCACCACCACCGCUGAGCGUGAAAUUGUCCGUGACAUCAAGGAGAAAUUGUGCUAUGUUGCUUUGGACUUCGAACAAGAAAUGGCUACCGCCGCUGCCUCCACCUCCCUGGAGAAGUCUUAUGAACUUCCCGAUGGUCAAGUGAUCACCAUUGGUAAUGAACGUUUCCGUUGCCCAGAAUCCCUCUUCCAACCCUCAUUCUUGGGUAUGGAAUCCAGCGGUAUCCACGAAACCGUCUACAACUCCAUCAUGAAGUGCGAUGUUGAUAUCCGUAAGGACUUGUACGCCAACAUUGUCAUGUCCGGUGGUACCACCAUGUACCCAGGUAUUGCUGAUCGUAUGCAAAAGGAAAUCACCGCCUUGGCUCCAUCCACCAUCAAGAUCAAGAUCAUUGCCCCACCAGAACGUAAAUACUCCGUAUGGAUCGGUGGUUCCAUCUUGGCUUCCCUCUCCACCUUCCAACAGAUGUGGAUCUCCAAGGAAGAAUACGACGAAUCCGGCCCUGGCAUUGUCCACCGCAAGUGCUUCUAAGCAGUUACUGUUACCAGCUAGUAAUACGCUUUUACGUGUUCGCGCUGACGUGGCUAUUGCAUUGUUCGCCACAUUAUUGUGUCUGAUGAUGCAGUAUCACCAUAUUAGCUAUAACAACAACAACAUGCCUUCAGAGAUGCCCGCCCAUUCGUUUAUUUAUUUAUUUGCAUAAAUGUUGUCAAUACCAAUUGAUCACUGGUUCCAGAUCGCAAAUUCAUAACGACUGAACAACACUCACAACUGUAAACACACAAACAACACUGAACCAGAUUUAUGUUUUAUGUUUGUCAUUUAACAAUUUACCGUUUAUGAAUAUGUUUCGUUUCAUUUCGAUUAACUCUUGAUUUUGCUUAUAGUUUUAUGAAAGCAUAAUGAACGCAUUAUUGUUUUUUAAGGGUAUUUUUGCCACAUGUAAAAUAAUGUAAUGAUUUCUUAUGUAAUUAAAUUAAAACAAUUUAUAAUUAUUUAUAAAUAAAACGACUUUUUUAGACUUAA